AUGAAACUAUUCUUUGUAUCGAUCCUCUUUGCUGCUUCUUCAGCGUUUCAAACACAAUCGUUUGGGAGCCAUGUCCCAAUUCUGUCCAGUCGACAGCAAGCUUCCGCCAUGUACAUGAGUUCAGCUCCAAUUGACGACGAGGAUGACGAAGAGAUUGAACCUGGCAAGAUGCGCGUGUCUGAGAUCAAGGCAGAGUUGGACCUACGCGUCGUAGACUAUUCGGAUUGCUUUGAUAAGGAUUCCUUGGCCAAGAAACUAGAGGAAGCACGAGCCACUGGAAAGGCCAGCCCGGAUGUUCUCGACAAGUUCAACAAGCAACGAUUGGAGGAUAACUUUAACGAGAACAAGUUGGAAAUCAAGGACGAAGAGUUGGAACAAGCUAUCGCUAACGAUGGUACUUUACCUGGAGGCAUGAACCCCGACAUGUUCAAAGAACUGAUGAGCAACCCAGAUGUUAUGGCGUUACUGCAGAAUUCAAAGAUGCAAGAAGCAAUGAAAAUCAUGAUGACGGAGGGUCAAGAUGGGAUCGAAAAGGCUAUCGCCGAAGAUCCCGAGUUGCUAGAGAUUGUCAAGGAGUUGAAUGCUCUGAUGCAACCUUAA